AUGUCGCACAAGUCCCGGUGGGAUUAUCGAGCUAUCACAAUGUUCAUUCCCGAUGCUGCUGUUCGAGUCACCCCAAAGGAUUUGCAUGACAAGACAGCAUUCAUCGACGCUGCUCGGCCGGAGGGGCUUUUCCUCACGCGUAACCAGUUCCGAUUGUGGUCUCAGCUGAGGAGUCCGAACUUCCAGUCAGGAGAUCGAGUGCUGGUGUGUUUGCAGGAAACGCGAUCGCCACCCCCGUUGCCUUCAUGGGUAUCGUCAUGGCAGGCGGCAUCUUCACUGGAGCGAAUCCUAGCUUUACUCCGAGGGGAGUUGGCGAAUCAACUCCGCGACUCGGGGUCGACUUACUUGCUCUGCUCGCAUCAGUCUAUCGAGACUGGUGUCCGAGCUACUGAAUAA